UGCGCGGCUUUACUUCGCUUGCACAGUAUGGCCGGCGACAUUAGCUAGCGCUCGCUCCACGCUCUUCUCUGCAACAGGGGAACACACGGAAUACAAGGAACCGCACCGCAUCGCCCGCACGCUCGCCCACCCCGCCUCCGCUUUCCUUCUCUCUUUGAAAGGACUCUGCAACAAUCUGUUACCUUUCCCGCUCGCUGGUGUUUUUUUUUUAAAAGCUUAAUAUAAGAUUUUAGGACCCCGUCAAAGGCGCAACCUGCCUGGACGGACUGCGACGCGGCCCCGCAAAACAGCAGUCGUAGCGACCGGCCUUAGCCGGUGUGUAGGUGAGGAGCAGGAGGGCGGCGGCGGCAGUUGGGUCGGGGGUGCCUGCCGUUAAUUUCUGUGGUUGUUGGUUUUGCGGAGUUGUCUCACCAUGAUGGAGGAGAACGGUGCACACUUCUUCGAAGGGACGGAGAAGCUCCUGGAGGUGUGGUUCGCCCGGCAGCAGCCCUCGCAGCAGGAGCCGCACCAGAGCAAGGGGUCCGGCGACCUCCGCACCAUCCCCAGGUUUGAAUGGGACAAACUUUUGGAGAAUGUGCAUUGUUUGAUCAUUAGUGUGACAAAAACUGACAAGCAGGAAGCUUAUGUACUCAGGUAAAAAUUUUACUUAAAAGGAUAAAGUA